CCCGCCAGCGUUCAACUGCCUCCCACCCGCUACCUACUUCGCUGCCUCCAUAAAAUCCCCCACCCAGCACCAAAAGGGUAAUUUUUUUUAAAAAAUAAAAAAAAGCCCCCCACGGUCAGAUAAUUACAAAAUCAACCCCCAAAAAGAUGUCGCCGGCGACAAAACUCCUCGCCGGAGCUUUCCUCCUCUUAGCUCUCUACUGCGGCACCGACCCCCUCAACCACAGCUCGAUGGCGGAGUUCCCGGGGUUCGAGACCUACGCGGUCGAGUUACCGCCGGCGGCGGAGAUCCCGACCGCGAGGGACGCCGAGGAUUCUCUGCAGAGGGCGGAGGCUAGGUUUUUGGGUCAGGUUCAGGGGCCGGAGAGCGUCGCUUUUGAUCCGCAGGGGCGUGGGCCCUACACUGGUGUUGCUGAUGGUAGGGUUUUGUUCUGGAAUGGCGAGGCUUGGUCUGAUUUUGCUUACACUUCGCCGGUUAGGUCAGACAUAUGUAACCCUAAGUCUUCACCUUUGGACUAUUUGAAGAAUGAGCAUGUUUGUGGACGCCCACUGGGUCUCCGAUUCCACAAGAAAACUGGAGACUUAUACAUUGCUGAUGCAUAUUUUGGACUGUUAAAGGUAGGGCCUGAAGGUGGUUUAGCUACCCAGUUAACUACAGAGGCAGAAGGAGUCCCUUUAAAUUUCACAAACGAUUUAGAUAUUGAUGAAGAAGGGAAUAUCUAUUUUACUGACAGUAGCACCAAUUACCAAAGGAGGUAUGUAGUUCUCAGGCUAAAAUUUUAGCAGAAAUUUGUUGAUCUUAUCGCUUUAUACUUUUUAGUGAUGUUACACUGUUCUAAAAUUUCAUGAUGGUUAAAAGGUUAUGAUAGUAUUUGCACUUUAAAAAUAUGUGGACCGCAAAAUAAAUAAAAAAAGGAAAAGAAUGGGAAAAUAAGCUGAACAAUGUUUUCUUCUUCUAAUUGAUAAAUAAUAUGAACUUGAAUGUGGCUGGUUCGUAAUUGCUAUAACCUGGUGUUCUCUGGUUUGAUUCUCAUGGUUUUCUCUUUUCAUUGGUCAAUCAGUCAAUGUUCUACAAUGAAAAUAUGAACUAUACAUUGUCAUUUUGGUUUUCAUAUAUAGAACUCAUUGUAAUAUUUCCACAGUCAGUCCUGCCAAAUGUGUAACUAAAUUACGGAAUCACAUUAUCAUAAUUUCCCCUAUUUACAAUUGGUUAAGUACUAUCUC